CCCGCAGGAGGCCGAUGGCACCCUGGACUGCAUCAGCAUGGCCCUGACGUGCACCUUCAACCGCUGGGGCACCCUGCUCGCCGUGGGCUGCAACGAUGGGCGCAUCGUCAUCUGGGACUUCUUGACGAGGGGCAUAGCCAAAAUCAUCAGCGCGCAUAUUCACCCUGUCUGCUCUUUAUGCUGGAGUCGAGAUGGUCACAAAUUGGUGAGCGCUUCAACCGAUAACAUUGUAUCGCAGUGGGAUGUUCUCUCUGGAGAUUGUGACCAGAGAUUUCGAUUUCCUUCACCUAUCUUGAAAGUUCAGUACCACCCUCGAGACCAAAACAGGGUUUUGGUUUGUCCCAUGAAGUCUGCGCCAGUGAUGCUAACGUUGUCUGACUCCAAACAUGUUGUUCUACCUGUGGAUGAUGAUUCUGAUCUCAAUGUUGUGGCCUCUUUUGACAGGCGAGGGGAAUACAUUUAUACAGGCAAUGCCAAGGGGAAGAUCUUGGUCUUAAAAACAGAUACUCAGGAUCUUGUAGCUUCCUUCAGAGUGACAACUGGAACCAGCAACACCACAGCUAUUAAAUCAAUUGAAUUUGCUCGGAAAGGAAGCUGCUUUUUAAUAAACACAGCUGACCGGAUAAUCAGAGUGUAUGAUGGGCGUGAAAUUCUAACCUGUGGACGAGAUGGGGAGCCUGAGCCAAUGCAGAAGCUGCAGGAUUUAGUUAAUAGGACACCAUGGAAGAAGUGCUGUUUCUCUGGGGAUGGUGAAUAUAUAGUGGCAGGUUCAGCACGACAGCAUGCCCUGUACAUUUGGGAAAAAAGUAUUGGAAACCUAGUGAAAAUCCUCCAUGGAACCAGAGGAGAGCUGCUUUUGGAUGUAGCAUGGCAUCCUGUCCGACCGAUCAUAGCAUCUAUUUCCAGUGGUGUUGUGUCAAUAUGGGCUCAGAAUCAAGUGGAAAACUGGAGUGCCUUUGCACCUGACUUCAAAGAGCUGGAUGAAAAUGUAGAGUAUGAGGAGAGGGAGUCAGAGUUUGACAUUGAAGAUGAAGAUAAGAGCGAACCAGAACAGACAGGUGCCGAUGCUGCAGAAGAUGAAGAAGUGGAUGUAACCAGUGUGGAUCCCAUUGCUGCCUUCUGUAGCAGUGAUGAAGAACUGGAGGACUCCAAGGCUUUGCUUUACUUACCCAUUGCUCCUGAAGUGGAAGAUCCAGAAGAAAAUCCCUAUGGUCCUCCACCUGAUGCUGUUCAGAGUUCUUUAACUGAUGAGGGAGUAGGUUCUGAGAAGAAAAGGCAAUCUUCCUCUGAUGGACCUCAGGCACCAAAGAAGAAGCCCAAAACCACCAACAUUGAACUACAAGGAGUACCUAACGAUGAAGUCCAUCCGCUGCUGGGCGUGAAGGGAGAUGGUAAAUCCAAGAAGAAGCAAGCAGGCAGGCCUAAAGGAUCAAAAGGUAAAGACAAAGAUUCUCCAUUUAAACCGAAACUCUACAAAGGGGACAGAGGUGCUUUACCUCUGGAAGGAGCAGCGAAGGGUAAAGUGCAGGCGGAGCUGGGACAGCCUUUGACAGGUGGUGCAAUCUCAGAAUUGUUAUGAAGACAUUCUUCUUUAUCUUCCUGUAUUCUUGCCUAUAUUGGCACCAUAAUAUGGAAAAUAUAUGGAAGUGCUCAGUCAGAAUGGACUGAUUUUAAUACAGCAGCCUGAUUGUUCAUGGAUUCAGGGAAUGACUUUUAUAAGAAAUGAAUUAUAGAAGAGGAAACAGCCUUCAUUCCUUCUUAACUGCCUCUUCAUCGAACAGUGAGAUGUUGACUCUCAGGUCAUGUGAUUUGCAAAGAGACUAAUUGAACUGCCUUCAUGUUGACAUGUAUAACUCUUUCUAAAAUGAGCUGGUACCCAACACUCUGCCACUCCAGAACUUAUCAACCGUUGUCUUUUAAGUAUUUUUUGUUCCUGGAUGGAAGAAUACCCAAAGCGUGUGUUUUUAUUCCUGAUACUGUAUGAUUGUGUAUCCUCCAAACUUCCCUUUCUUUGCUGUUGAUUUUCAUUUCAGUGAGUUGUAAUUCUGCUCCUUCUAUACCAGCUGCAUUACCUUAUCAGCUUUUCUGUUAGCUCAGUGUGAUGUCUUCUAUGCUGACAUGCCUAGUGAAACACUGCUGCUGAUUAUGUGCCAGGUUUGAUUUCAUCUCAAGUGGAUAGAGAUCUAGCGUGAAGAAUCAGGACACCCUCUGAAGUCUGCCGAGAAUGAAUCUUCAUAUUGUGAAUAUUUUAGACAUGAAGGAUGACUCCGCUUAUGGGAAAAUGGACAAGAGAAAGUAGCUCUAGAUAAAAGACUCAAAGUUUAUACAGACUUUCUUCUAGAAAGUAAUAUGAAAGGCUGUGCUGGCACUUUUUUCUGCUCUUGCAGGUGUUUUUAUUCUGUCUCUCUUUCCUGUUAUGUUCCCUACUAGAAAGAACUGGUUUCCUCCUUAGCUGAAGUAUGCUGGUGGUUAGAGAAGAAAGAACCAAUGCUUCUCCUAGUUCAAACAGUAGCUUUCAGUUUCGCGCUCAAGACUUAAAGAUGACAAGAAUAACAACCUGAGUGUAAAAAAGCAUACAGAUCUGGAGUGUGGUGGGUUUUUUUUUAUUUUUUUUUAUUUUUUUUUUAACACUUGUGGAUCAAGAAUAGACUUUUGAUGACUGCUAACAGCUUAUUUCCAGCAAUGCUUUGAUCUUUUGUUCCUCGAUGACCUGUGUAAUGUUUUCCUCCUGGAAAUGGGAAGAGACAAUUUAUCCGUCACAUACGAACAGACUCGGACCUCUGUUCUAGACCAACAGCCUAUUAUAAGAAGGUUUCUAUUCUUAAUGCCCCUUGAUUUCUAGAGGUUUUUAUAGUUCCUAUGCAAUUACUUUCAAUUUUUCCCCGAUACAAUUAUAUAGAUUAUCACUAUGUAUUUAGUUUUUCAAAAUAUCCUGCAGCAGACAUUAAAAGCUAAGAGGAGUCAUAAAGAUAUUUAUUAAUUUGCAGUUGUAUGUACACAGUAGUUGCAUGAAGUUUAAAUAUGCAAAGAGGAGGCAUUCUAAAUCAGAACUUUUUUUAAUGGUGUUUUCAUUUAUGGCUUUGGUACAGUGGCCUACUUCAUUUAAUGAAAUGAAUUCCUGUGGUGUACGGUAUUAGUCUUCCUUGUCCUUUUUGCUUGUAGGACAACUCACAUCUUUGUGGAACACUGUUAUGUUAAAUCCACCCAUUUGUGGUGUGUCUGAGCCCAAACCAAGCUUUAAAGAUGCACGGGCAAUGGUUCUCAUGAUUGUUUUACAGCAUACAAUUUACCACAGACUCUAGCCUUCACUUCUGUUAAAACUUUUCUGUACAGUGUAUAUGUCCUUGGUUUAUUAUCUUCCGUCUCUUAUUUUAUUUUUUGAUAUCUGUAGUUUUGUACAAUAUUUGUCAGAUACUGGCUUGUUGGUAGCGUAUAGCAGUGAUGUUAGUUUUUGUGUUUGUAAAUAAAGAGGUAUGUUUUAUUUCCUAACGUCAA